CGGGUCCCAGCCUUGCCGGGGAUCUCCCGCCCCGGGCAGGAUCCCUGGAGGCCUCGGAUGUCCCCAUCGCGGUCCCGGGGGCAUCUCCGCCGUGUGCGGCUCGGGCCCCACGGUUGCUAGGCUGCGCCCUGGGGCUCCGGGAAGCAGGGCGCCGGUGCCACUGGCGCUGGCGGCUACAGCGCGGAUGGCGGCAGAGUCGGGGCGCCCGUGGGCACAGGCUAGCAGGGCGUACGGUGCCAGCCAGGCCCUACGGCGCGGCGCGGACCGCUGGCGGGCCCCCGGGCCCCAGCCCAACGGGCCGGGUCCCGAAGAAGCCCGCGCCCCCGGGCGCCUGGCCCGCCUUCGCGGCCAGCUGCGGGCGGAGGCGAAGGUGGAGGCGCGGGCCGGCGCUCCGCGGCUGCUGCGGCUGGUGGAGCGCGCGGGGGCGGCGGCCGGGGCCGGAGACCAGGGUGCCGGGGCCGGGGCGCGGGAGGACGCGCGCAGCCGGGGCUCCGUGUGCUCGGUGUGCGGGGAGCCGCGCGGCGGGGCCACCUACCCGGCGGGCGUCCUGGAGGUGAGCGAGCGGCGGCUGCAGGAGGGCCUGGCGGCCGUGCGCGCCGAGCUGGGCGCGGGGCUCGAGGCGCUGCGCGCGGAGCUGCGGGCCGAGCUGGAGGCCCUGCGCGCGCUGCUGCCGCCGCCGCCGCCCCCCGGCCGCCGCGAGCCCCGCGCCGCGCCCCGCGGCCCGGCCCUGCUGCGGGCGCUCGGCACCGUGAACGCCCUGGCCGCCAUCACCAGGCCCGCGGACACCGCCUCUGACAGAACCGUGAACGGCCCCACGAAUGGCCCCGCGAACCAGGCCCCUGCCCGGAAGAACCUGAAGAAGACGCCGCUGCCCCCCGGCCCGCAGGGUGGUGGGGAUUGAGGAGGGUGAGCUGGG